AUGCCAAGAACAAUUACAUAUGAUAUACCAUCUCACUAUCAAUUGGUUGACUUGAUUGGAGAAGGUGCUUAUGGUACAGUGUGCUCUGUAAUACAUAAGACAACGGGAACUAAGGUUGCUAUUAAGAAGAUACAACCUUUUACCCGUCCUAUGUUUGUUACACGAACUUUACGCGAAUUAAAGUUGUUAAAAUUCUUCCACGAUCAUGAAAAUAUCAUAUCAGUGCUUGAUAUUGUUCGUCCUGCAUCAUGCCAGGUAUUCGAUGCUGUAUAUUUGGUUCAGGAGUUGAUGGAAACAGAUUUGCAGAGAAUCAUUGGGCGACCAAAGGCAUUAUCAGAUGACCAUAUCCAGUACUUCACUUAUCAGAUUUUAAGAGCUUUAAAAUCACUGCAUUCAGCUCAGGUUAUACACAGGGAUCUUAAGCCUUCUAACCUACUACUCAAUUCUAGCUGUGACCUGAAGCUGUGCGAUUUUGGACUUUCCCGUUGUCUGGCAUCCAGCGAUCGUUCUCGUGAGAACAUGGUUGGAUUUAUGACUGAGUAUGUCGCUACAAGAUGGUACAGAGCUCCGGAAAUUAUGUUAUCAUUUCAAGAAUACACUACUGCCAUGGACAUAUGGUCCUGUGGGUGUAUUUUAGCAGAAAUGAUCAGUGGAAAGCCUUUAUUCCCAGGCCGAGACUAUCAUCAUCAGCUAUGGAUUAUACUAGAAAUAUUAGGGACACCUUCGCUCGAAGAUUUUGAGCAGAUAAAGAGUAAGCGUGCAAAAGCCUACAUUUCAACACUCCCAAUGAGGCCAAAGAUACCAUGGAAUGUGGUAUUAGGUACCAAUGAUAUAAAUCCUCAGGCUAUGGAUUUGCUGGACAAAAUGCUAACGUUCAACCCUGAUAAGCGAAUAAGCGCAGCAGAAGCCUUGCAGCAUCCGUACCUCAGUACAUAUCAUGAUCCUAACGAUGAGCCAAGCUAUGAUGUGCUAAACUUACAGGAUGACUUUUGGAAAGUUGAUAAUGACGCAAGAAUGAAAACGGAAGAAGAGGAGCUAUCAAUGGAAACUCUUAAGAAUAUGUUGUAUGAGGAGGUUAUGAAACCUCUACAAUAA